CAUCAGCUGACCCGAGUUAAAAACAUGCGUCCGUCCGCUCAACACUAACCUUGUCCACUGUCCCUUUAUUCGGCCCUUUCUUACAAAAUGUGGCGGCUAGCGGUAGGUCGUCUGGGCCGUCAGGUAGGACUGCGGCGGCACAGCGCCCUGGCAGGACUGAAGGGUCUCCGAGAGGGCGCCGAAGUGGAAGGAUUCGAGGUGCUGCAAGUGACACGGGUGCCGGAGCUCUUUCUCGAGCCGGUGGUGCGGCUGGAGCAUGCGGCCACUGGUGCCCAGUACCUGCACCUCGCCAGGGCCGAUGACCGUAACAAUGCAUUCGCCGCCGCCUUCCGCACGUCGCCCAGGGACUCGACCGGACUGCCGCACAUCCUCGAGCACGUCACCCUCUGCGGCAGCCAAAAGUAUCCAGUGCGUGACCCGUUUUUCAAGAUGUUAAACCGGUCGCUGGCGAGCUUCAUGAACGCGAUGACAGGCCCUGAUUACACGGUUUACCCGUUCAGCACGCCUAACCAAAAGGACUACGAGCAGCUGUUGUCCGUGUACGCAGACGCCGUCUUCAGGCCACUGCUCAGAGACCUCGAUUUUUGCCAAGAGGGCUGGCGGCUUGAGCAUGAGGUCGUGGGUGACCCUUCAAGCCCUCUGGUGCUGCGCGGCGUGGUCUUCAACGAGAUGAAAGGUGUGUUUGCCGACCCGCAGUCGCGACUGCACCAGCACCUCCUCUCGUACCUGCUGCCUGGCGACACGUACGCCCACUCUUACGGUGGAGAGCCGCUCUGCAUUCCUGCCCUGACGGCUGAUGACCUGCGGCGCUUCCACGCCCGCUGCUACCACCCUAGCAACGCGCGGUUCGUCUCCUACGGCAGCCUGCCCCUGGCGGACACUCUGGGGCGCCUGCAGCGCGAGCAGCUGGCCGCCUUCGACCGUCAGGAGCCCGUAGCAGCUGUUUCCAGGGAGUCCAGGUGGAGCCAGCCACGCAGGGUGCACCUGGCGUGCGCCCCUGACCCACUUGGGGCCGCCACCAACCCUGAGAAACGCUCCACCAUCGCCGUGGCCUACGCCUGUGGUGACGCUGCGGACGUCUACCAGACAUUUUCACUUCAGGUGCUGUCAGAGCUGUUGCUUGGUGGACCGACCUCUGUUCUGCACAGGGCUCUUAUCGAACCGGGCAUUGGCGAUGGAUUCGCGCCAUGCACCUACUUUGAGGCACAGACGCGCGACACAUUCUUCUCAGUUGGCCUUCAGGGCGUGUCUGAGAAGCAGUUCGACGAGGUCCAGGCCGCGAUUGACGGCGCCCUGCUCAGGGCCCGCGACCAGGGCUUUGAACAGGAGCACGUGGAGGCCGUGCUGCACUCAUUGGAGCUGGGCGCCAAGACGCAGUCGGCCAGCUUCGGCCUCAACCUGGCGCUUGGCAUCCUGCCCUCGUGGAACCACGGUGCCGACCCUGUGGACUGUCUCAACCUGGCGGCCCACGUUUCACGGUUGCGCAAACAGCUGGCCGCGGAACCCGCCUUCCUGCAGACGCUGCUUGACCAGUAUUUGUGCUCUAAUACUCACAAGUUGACCAUUUCUGUGUCACCUGAUGAGGCGUAUGACGAGAAACUGGCCCAAGAGGAGGAGCAAGUCCUGGCUGAAAAGGUCGCCCAGCUGGACGAGGAGACCACCAGAUUGGUGCUGGAGCGGGAAACACAAUUGCAGGCGGAGCAGAUGCAGGAGGUGGACGCAUCCUGUCUUCCCACCCUCUCUGUGGCCGACCUGAGCGCUGAGCCACAGGCAUACGCCCUGAAGGGAUGUCGUUUGGCCGAUAAGCUGCCGUUGUUUAUCUUUCCCCAACCGACGAACGGCGUGACGCACUUCCGAGCCCUGCUGGACGCUUCAGGGCUGGAUCCUGAGCUCAGGGAGGGCUACCUCCCGCUUUUGCUGGCAGUUGCCACCCAAAUGGGCACCGCCAGCAGCGACUACCGCCGCUUCGACCGCAGGGUGCAGCUUUGCACCUCAGGUCUCGCCGUCACAGGACACAUUGUGGAGCACCCUGUCGAGGCUGGACAGUACCUUGAUGCAGUCUUGCUGUCCUCUGUGUGUCUGGACAGGAAUGUUGGACGCAUGAUGGACCUGUGGAGAGAAUUGCUGAUUGAGCCGAGUUUCUCAGACGCUGAGCGGCUGCAGACUUUGAUCCGCUCCACCGCAGCUGAACUGGCCAAUGGCCUCGCCUACUCAGGACACAGGUAUGCCAUGUUAAAUGCUAGUAGCAGACUGUCUGCGGCUGGACUCCGCAGGGAAAAAGACUCAGGACUGGCUUUUGUCGCACAGAUGAAGAAGUUUGCUUCCUUGGAUGAUCAGGGUGUGGCCCAAACUCUUCAGAAGCUGCAGGAGCUGGCUGCAAGUCUUUACCGUAGCAACCUUCGCUUCUCCCUGAACGUAAGUCCUGGGGAGGGUGAAGCGGCCGCCCUGAAGCACCUGGAGGCCGAUUUGGCUUCCAGCCUGAAAAACGCACCCUUUGAGCGGCUCUUUGUGCCAAAUGAAGCAAUUCAGUCGGCUGGAACUUCAAGCUCGGAGCACCACGUGCGACCACUGCCCGUGGGCUACCUUGGAAGGAGCAUUGCCACCGGCGUGCCCCUCCUACACCCUGACUACGCGGCCCUCAGGAUCACAGCCCAGCUGCUGUCGGCCAGGUUCCUCCAUCCUGAGGUCAGAGAACGCGGUGGAGCCUACGGUGGAGGCGCUACUAUCAGUACCUCUGGUAACUUCACUUUUUACUCAUAUCGAGACCCCGAAGCGAGCCAAAAGACGCCCGAGGUGUUCAGCCGGGCUGCUUCCUGGCUUUUAGACAGUGAAAACAUCCGCCAGGAACACGUAGACGAGGCCAAGUUAAAUGUAUUCCAAAAGGUGGAUGCGCCGACGGCCCCUGGCGACCGCGGCGCCGCCAACUUCCUCACCGGACUCGACCUGGAGAUGCUGCAGAGGCACCGGCUGGCGCUCAAAGCCGUCAGCGUGGAGGACGUGCGCCGUGUGGCCGCCCAGCACCUGCACCAGCGGCCUGACAGGCCCCUCACGGUAGCUACCACGCUCAUCGGGCCGCCGGCGCCGCAUUUGGACCAAUCGUGGCGAGUGAUCAGUGCCCCGUAGUCAUUUUUGUUGUGGACUGUACCUGUUAAGACUUAAUAAUUAUGUUUUUAAUAAAAAUAUGGUAGAAAUAAAUUAGUCAAAGCUUUCUAAUAA